AUGCGGCUGACAAACUGCAAUUGCUUGAAAACGGCAGCAACAACAAAACAAGAAACACAAAAACUGCUGAAAAUACACAACAACACAACAACAACAACUAAAGACUGUAAAACACAAAAUACACCAGCACAAACUACAAAAACAAAAUCAUUAAAAACAUGCAAAAAAUCACUGUCAACGACAGCAGCUGCUGCUGCUCAACAAACACCAACAACAACAGCCACUACAAAAAUAGCUAAUACUUUAGCUGCAGCAACAGAACUACUUUACACUAGAAUUCCAACUACGACAGCAACAGCAACAACUACAACAACUCCCGCAACAACAGCAACUUUAACAACAAGUUGUCGUUGUAGCUUUAAGCAAAUGUGGUGGUGGCGCCAUCAACGUCGCUGGCAUUCUUUAACCGCCACCCUAAUAUUAUUUUGUCUCUCCGCCUUGAUACAAUCAUCACCCGCUCUCAAUAUACAGGCCUCCAAAUCGGACAUUUAUAAAAAUCUACGUCUCGGUCAUCGUAUCGUUCAAACACGCUACGGUCGUUUGCAUGGCCUAAUACUGCCACUGGACAAUUAUCGGUUUUUGCGUUCGGUUGAGGUAUUUCUGGGUGUCCCAUAUGCCACGCCACCCACCAAACAAAAUAGAUUUAGUCCUACACGUGCACCAGCUCCCUGGGACGGAAUACGUAUAUCGGAUACAUACAGUCCCGUAUGCCCACAACGUUUGCCAAAUAUACAAAAUGAAACGGCUGCACUGGAGAAAAUGCCAAAAGGACGCUUAGAAUAUUUAAAAAGACUAUUGCCACAUCUGGAAAAUCAAUCAGAAGACUGUCUAUAUUUAAAUAUAUUUUCACCCAUCAAUGCCGGAGCUAGUGAGAAAAAAUUACCCGUAAUUGUGUUUAUACACGGUGAAUCGUUUGAAUGGAGCAGCGGUAAUCCCUAUGAUGGCAGUGUAUUAGCCAGCUACGGCGAGGUUGUGGUAGUAACGCUUAAUUACCGUUUAGGAAUUCUAGGUUUCCUAAAUGCCAAUCCAAAUCCUCAACAGCAUGCACGCGUUGCCAAUUACGGUCUAAUGGAUCAAAUAGCGGCUUUGCAUUGGAUACAACAAAAUAUACAGAAAUUUGGCGGUGAUCCCAAUGCUGUUACCUUGGCGGGCCAUGGUACGGGAGCGGCUUGUAUUAACUAUCUAAUGUCCACGCCCACUAUGGUGAGGGGUCUUUUUCAAAGAGCCAUUUUAAUGUCGGGUUCAGCUUAUUCGUCGUGGGCUUUGGUGGAGGAUCCAGUUUCGUUUGCCGUUAAGCUGGCGAAAGAGGUGAAUUGUUCCAUACCAGAUGAUUUAAAUAAACAUCAUGAGCAAAUUGUGGAUUGUUUAAGAGAUGUGCCGCUGGACGAUUUGUAUGGAGCGGACAUUCAAGCGCCUACGUUUUUGACCUCCUUUGGGCCAUCGGUUGAUGGCGUCGUUAUACGUUCCGGACAUUCCAAUCUCGAUAUCGAUGAUUUAAUGACACGCAGUACCAAACGCUCUUCAAAUGAUGGCAGCGGUGGUUCUUCGUCGGGUGGUGGUGGUGGUGGCAAUUAUGGCAGUGGUUACUUUAGUGGCGGCAGUUCAUCUUAUGCGAAUGGUGGCAAUGGUUUUGGUGGCAUGGGCGCUCACUAUGAUGUUUUGUUUGGUGUGGUUACGGGUGAAUCAAUUUGGCGUUUUAGUGCCCAUGAUAUACAAAACGGUUUCGAGGGCGAGAGACGUGACAAAAUUAUACGCACUUAUGUACGCAAUGCCUACAAUUAUCAUCUAAAUGAAAUAUUCUUUACGAUUGUUAACGAAUACACCGAUUGGGAUCGUGCUUCCCAGCAUCCCAUUAAUACCCGUGACACUGCCGUGGCCGCUUUAUCCGAUGCUCAAUUUGUGGCUCCUCUUAUAAGAACGGCGGACAUAUUUGCUGCCAACUCACCGCCACCCAUGUCUAGCAGUAGUUCAGGUGGAGGCACGGCCUCGGCUUCCACUCAGUAUCCCGGACAAUCGGGUCGUUGUUAUUUCUAUGUCUUCGAUUAUCAGACCAAAGAUGGUGACUAUCCUCAACGCAUGGGCACAGUGCAUGGUGAAGAUUUGCCGUAUAUUUUUGGAGCUCCUUUGGUGGAUGGUUUUAGUCAUUUUCCUCAAAACUAUACAAAAUCGGAAAUAGCCCUUUCGGAAGCGGUAAUAACAUAUUGGACGAAUUUUGCCAGAACUGGUAAUCCAAAUGAACAUCAUCGUCAGGACUCUGCUCUGCCAGCCUCUAAAGAACGUAAUCGUUUUCGCAGCAUAACUUGGGAAAGUUAUGAUCCUUUACAUCAGAAAUAUUUGGAAAUAGGCAUGAAACCACGCAUUAAAAAUCAUUUUCGUGCCCAUCAAUUGUCAAUUUGGUUACGUUUGAUACCAGAACUCCAUCGCACUGGCAUGGAAGAUGUGAUAGCACGUCACAAUUUAUUUCGCAAUCACGAUGAUAUGGAUUUGUAUGAAGGACCCGUCAAGCCAGAUCCAUUUGCUUCACAGCGUUUGCUGCUUAUCGAUGAGGCUCUAAUGAAAAAAGGCCGCUCCAAUAAUACCGGCUACGUGGCAGGCGUUUUGGGAGUUACAACCGUAGAACCGAACAUGUACACAACAUGCAUACCCGUUGGCGGUGGCAACUAUACGGCCGGUGGUGUUUAUGCACCCACAACGAUGGCCAAUGCAACAACAGACACACUGGCAUCGGGUUUCGAGUCAGCUGGAUACGCUGCCUAUUCAACGGCACUAAGUGUGACCAUUGCCAUCGGCUGUAGUUUGUUAAUAUUAAAUGUGCUCAUUUUCGCCGGAGUCUACUAUCAAAGAGACAAGACACGUUUGGAGGUAAAGACACUGCAGAAACAAUAUCAACAACGCAGCAUGCACCAGCAAGUGCCCUCGUAUCCGCCAGAUCCCAUUAAACACGCUCACUAUCAUAUGGGACACUCGCAGAGUGCUAAUGUUAUAGUGGAUGUAGAGAAUCAUGGGGAUCAGGGUACAAUACUGCUUACAGCCAGUGAUGUUAAACCACCACCGCCACACAUGUGCAGCAAUACGGCCAUGCAACUAACCCAGCAACAACAUCAACAGCAACAACAGCAACAGCAGCAUCAACAACAAAUGGUCUCAAAUCCAAAUGCACAAGCCAUGGGAGGCAAUUCCAACAAUCCUGGUAACAAUACAAAUUUAUGCUCAGCUAAACAAACAACUGCCUUAAAUACGAUGGAUAUUAGCUCAGCUGGUGGCAUGAUGGGUACUAGUGUUAUUAAUAAUGUAACUUACAGCACAACAACUAAACAGCAACAGCAGCAGCAGCAGCAACAACAACAGCAUCAACAACAACAGCAGCAAUUACAUCAGCAACAACAACAGCAACUAGCUGCUCAACAGCAACGUGAACAUUUACAAAUCAAAGGCAUGUCCACAACCACAGUUAGUGUUGGCAGUGGAGGAAGUGGCGGUGGAGGAGUAGGAGGUGGUGUGGGUCUUAGUGUUGCCUCCAUGCAACCCAAUAGCACACAAACAUUUGGACGUAAUAGCACCACAGUCAACAGCAGCAUGAAUCCAUCUACAACUUUAACGUAUAAUAACGGAAUGAUGACGUUGCCAAAAGCAGGUACCCUGCAUCAUACAAACUCAAUAAAUUACGGACGAAAUCCUGGAGGUGGAGGUGUUGGCCUGGCAAGCAGUAGUAUUAGUGCUGCUUUACUAGAUGGUCGUGGCAAUAUGUUGAUGACCACUGCUAAUGGUGGCGGCACAGGCCAGGAUUGCAUGACGUUGCCAAGAAAUUUGUCUAUGUCAUCACGUCACAAUCUAUCUUCAGACUCGUCAAAAAAUCAAAAAUAUCAAUCACCUCAACAACAAUAUCAGCAACAACAAUCGAAUAAAAAUCAUCCUAAUGGUAGCAUAAUGACGGGUCUAGGUACCUUGUCUCAUCAUAUACGAGCGCCACGGCCACCCACCAGAACCGCCUCCUCAACAACAACACAAUGUGGUUCAGGCGGAGGAGGAGGUGGUGGCAGCAGUGGCAUUAAUAUAGGUGGCGGUUCUAGUUUAAUAGAUCAAACUCCUUCGAAUGGCAGCAGUAGUAGCGGUGUUAGCAGUGCACCCUCCUCCAAAGGCCACUCGCAUCAUCAUGGUCAUACGCAUUCGCACGCAGCCUCGGCGGUAGAUAAUAUAGGUAUGACAGCGACAUCAUCGUCAACGGGUGGAGCGCCUCACCUGCAACAACAAGUGCCACAGGCGGCCAUGGAUGAGAUGCGCGUCUGA